CUCCAGACUCUAGUUCCGGUGUUUAUGUGGCACUAGAAAGAAUAUCUAAAUGUGAUCGAUAUGAUGCUCUUUGAGAUGAGCUUGGUAUUUUCUUGUGCAUGCAGGCCCAGAGAAAGAAAGCUAAGACUGGCAAGCAACCGUCGGGGAAAAAGGGUGGUGGAGCUGGUUCCAGCAAGUCUAAAGCUGCUCCUGCUUCCAAGUCCGGCAAGAAGUCCAAGGAUGAGAAAACAGAGAGCAAACCAAAGGAUCCGAAAGAAGCUAGCAGAGAAGAGGAGGAUAGCUCUGAAGAGUUGAGCUCUUAUAAAAUUUAUAAAUGGUUCAUAAAUGGCGUUGUAAAGAGAUGAUGAUACCUGGCAGAUUCUGAGGCACAUACGAACAGCAAGCAAGGCUCCACCGCUUCAGAAAUUUUACAUACUCUUACAAACUAUUUUAUAAUCAUUUAUAAUGGUGUAUAAACUUUAUAAAUUAUGUUUAUAACCCCUUAUAAAUGAAAGUUUGUUAUCACAGAAAGAAAAUAUGUUAAUCCAUUUUUCCUCUUCCCCCUUCUUGUCAAAAUAAAAAGAACAUCAGACAGAGAACUUGACGCAUUCAUCUUCUGCUGAAGUUCCUUUGAACAAUGUAAGCUUGCCCUUGUUCUGUAGCAGCUUCAAGGCCCUCGUUAGUGAAAUGUUGAAUUACAGAAAAGAGAGGACUGAACGUGAGAGAUGGUUUGAAGAUUGUGUCUGUUUAAUUAACAAAAAGAGAUGAAGAACGUUACUUUGAUAGUUCCAACAAGCCCUAACCUACGAAAACAAAAAUCAAUAAAUGGGUAAGUAAUCUCACAAUGAACACACACUUCAAGACAUGAAUCUAGCAAACAUAAACAAACACUUUCACAUGCACAAACAACAACUACACAUAUUAUUCACAAAGGACAAAACUUUCAAUUCACAUUAGAAAAGAAACCUCUUUUAUAAACCCUUAUAAAUGAUUAUAUAAAACCUUAUAAAU